UUCAUACCUUUUACAGCUGAAAUCGAUAUAGUGUUGUUAUGAAUGAAAAGCUUUACUAAUGGAAAAAGGGAAAACUAUUGUUCAGCGCACGAAAGAAAUUUCAAGUUCUAAUAUUCGAACAAAGUUGCUAUCUGCUCUUGAGCCUAAUAAGAAUAAUCCCUAUUGUGUUCCCAGGAUAUGUACUUUGAUAGUGAAUCAUUUGAAGAUCCUCAAAGCGCUGGAAGUAGAUGGAGAGGCCCUGACAGGCGUGAUAAUAGCUAUUAAAUUACAGGGUUUUAAACGGGUGCUGAGAUCGGACGAAAUAAAUACUCGAUGUCCCUUGAAUACCGAUAUACAGCUGUCGCUCAAAUUCUCGUUCGAAUAUUCGCACUACGUGAAAAGAAACGCAAAUACGUUGCAAAUAAUGCUCCAGCGCCGCAAGAAAUACAGGAACAAGACCAUCAUGGGUUACAAGCGGCUAGCGUCGGCAUUCAUCAAUUUAUCUCAAGUUUCGGACCAAAAACCUUUCUCUGGCGAUGUACCACUUUACCCCGUCGUCGGGUGGUCCAAAGUGACUCCGACCAAAAAAGACGUUAACAAUUUCCUCGGAGACGACCGUCAAACUCCGCUUGCCAUCAUAGGGGUGCAGCGGGUCAGCAGCGAGAAUCUUCUGUAUUCCAUCAGCCAAGACGUUAUCGCCAACGAUAACUAUGCCAAUGGCGUUGACGAGGAAUUGUUUUUAGGAGUUGAAAUCAUCGAAGAAAAGAGCGACUUGAGUGGGUUAGAAUAUUCCACCACCGACCAAGGAGGCAGCGAGCUUGAAGACGAAAAUAUUAAUUACGAAAAUUCGGCCCCUUCCAAGAAUCAUCUUAAGAAUAUGAACGUUAAUGACAUAUUUAGAAAGCAUCAGCAAAUUCCGCGGAAUAUAAAAAAGAAGCUGGUUUGGUUGCUGAAAAAACUAAAAGUCUCCGAAGAUGAAUUGAAAGUUCUGGAUCCCUCGUUGAUUGUAGAUGACCCUUCCGGUUCUAGCACCUACAAUAAUGUCCUGACAAAUAAUAUCAGGGAAGGCAGGAAAGAAUUCGAUAUCAAAGACCUGGAAAAGCGGCUGAUGAAUAUGAUAUUGCGCAAAGGGGUACAUCAUAAUAGGCGUGGUUCUUCUAGACUCAUCGAAAUGGAUCAGCGGAUUAUCACGCGGAAGAAUGGGGAGUUAUUUUCCAAUGGUGGUGAAUCGAAAAAAAAAGAGUUAAUGGCAGAAGAUAUCGAUGAAUUCGACGAUUAUUAUAAUGAGUACCAACUCGAAGCAGACGAUUUUAACGUGGACGACCUUUUGUUGACCUCAUCGGGAUCGUCCGAUUCUUCCUUCACGUCCGCCUCAGGUUCUUCGGGUGCAUCUGCCCGUCGCUUUUCGUCUUCGGCUUGUUAUUCCGACUUUCGACGCAUGGACAAUUUUAGCAUUCAUUCAUUGCCACCACAAAGGCCCCUGCUGCUCCCGUUUUUUUCUUCCCCCUCUAAUACCAACAAUAUAUCCACAACCAAAACCUUGUUAAAUAACGGGUCUUCUAGUAAUACCGUCACCAAAAUCAAAUCUCGCUUUAAUGGUCACGAUAAUUUAGAUACAAAUCAUAAUCACCAUAAUAAUGACGAUACCAACAAUUACGACCGUGUUCCUUUGAAUGAUAAUUAUGGCCACUCCCAUACCGAUCCCAAUCUAAUAAAUGGCAACCAUAAAUACAAAGACAAAGAAAUGCUGAACGAUAAUGAUAAACAUCAUCGACGUAGCAAUAUCGUCAAUGUUAAUAGCAAAAAUAAUCUUAAAUUCUUGUUAGCCGCUUUGCAGAUAGCCAAAACACGUGACUUGGACGUAGACAGACUUAAGAAUCAGCACAACAAGAUGACCAAUAAUGAUUCGCCCCAAGAUGUCAGGCUGGAUAUCAUCAAGAAAACUCUCACUGAUAAAUCGAUUAAACUAAAGUCGGAAAAUCAAUCUAAUCCACCAUUAUUUGAAACCGUCAAAGGUGCCUCCAAUUUUAAAACUAAUAUAAUUAAUGAUAUCAAUGCCGACGCUGGAAUGACCGACUCAAAAACUGCAGGAACCAUGACGCUCAAUGACAAAAUCAAGUUAGCAGCUAAGGUAGCCAAGAAAAAAACGGAGUUUAAGUCACGGGGUAAAGGUACUAGCACUCAAAUAAGUGAGGCCUGUGAUAGCAUGCUCAAAGUUGUCUUCAAUGACCAUAGAGUUCGAGGCGCCAAAGAUAGUUCUGGUAUAACAGAUCACAUCGACGAAAUACCUUUAGACACAAAAGAUGUCGGUAUUAAAGGUAGAAAGCUUUCAAUCAAACGUCGAAAAGACAAAUUUUUGAAUUUGAGCAAAGGAUCGGCUGCUUUAGCUCAAUCCUUUUCUUGCCCAUUUAACAAGGACUCCUACAGUGACGAUAAUAAGGAAGACAUUGACGAUUCAAAUCGAUCCGCUAACAAACGCGCAACUUAUAAAUUUUUGGAUCGCAAUAAAAGUUUAACCGGCAAAUCAAAAAAGGAGCAGGAAAAUGAAAAUCCCUCGUUCCUGACUCCGGAAUCUGAUGUAAGCCAAAAGGAAACAGUAACCGAUACUGAUAUAUCCGAUUAUCGCCGACUAAAUAAUUACAACAACAUUAACAAAAAGAUCUCUGAUAGAUGCAAAAAAAUAUUAUCCGAUCCAGAAAGAGAGGCGUCCAAGGAUAAGACAACGCAUGAACAAACUAAGACGGACAAAAAGACAAACCGGUUUGCCAUAAAAAAGUAUUCCUCCGCACCGCCUAAAAAGUCCUUGAUAAAUACAUCCUCUUCCAAACGAUUAACUCCAAUAAGCGCAUCUCAUCACCUUAAUCAUCUUGUCGCCGGUAUGAGCAGAUGUUCCACUAACGCUUCCUUCAACGAAAAUACUUUAACAAAAUCCACGCUAACCGUUGAAAUGUUCGAGGAACAGCUUUUGGGCAGGAAUAAAGAUUUAAUAUCGGAUCAUUCCAAGGUCUGGAUUGUGCUUGACAAAGACAUCGCUUGCUCAAAAUUACUUCACGAAAAGUACCUUCUCAAUAACAUGUGUUCUUUCCAACUUUCAUUCCCUUGCGAUAUCAAGCCUUUCUUCAAUUUCCUUAUCUCUAAGGUUUACGACAACAUGCAUAGUUGCCGAACCCAAGUGCCAAAAAUAGCCGUUUCUGCCUUGAAUCCUGCAGCCGUUCAUCACCAUAACAACAAUUACAACGAGGAAUAUAAGAAUAUGCCAACAUACACUGUAGUAUGUUUAGGAAAUGACCGCACUUUUCAUUCGUUCAUUAGAUAUUUUACCGAGUGCUUCCGGGGUAAGGACGGAGAAAUACAGAACAAAUUGGCCUUCGCCUUGGUGCCCUUAUAUCCUCCAGACACAUCAUUCGAAAAUUAUUGCUCAUUCUCGUCGAUUUGCGAUAUGAUGUGUCGGCUCGACGGCAAAUACUCGGAAUACUUUGGUGAUGACAAAUGGCACACCUUUUUUCGCUCGGAAAUCAAUAUCGAGUCAUCUGAAAAGACGCAAGAAAAAUCCGACGAUAAUAAUUUCGAAAUGGAAAUAGUUUUCAAUCGCAUUUUCGAUUACCUAAACGAUUUGAGUCGCCGAAUCUAUGUUCCUCUGGGAGAAAUCAUGUUAAACUUUAACCAAAAUCACUUUCACGAAUUGGCGGAAUCGACGCAAAUAUUCGUUCCCUUCUUAAACGAUGUCAAAAUGGUCUUCAACGAUAGGAUUAACGCUUCCGUGGUCAAAUCUCUCAUAUCAAAGUCCAAAAAAUGUUCGCAAAAGGACCCAACCCAAUCUUUUAAUAUCGACAAUAACCCUAUCAUGUCGUUAUCGAUGGACGACGAAAUGAGUUUCAACAAUUAUAGUUCCUCAACUGGAAGCUACCUAGAAGAUCACCCUAAGAAGAAUACUCAAUUUUCCCCUCCAACAAAUCGUAAUAAUAAUAAGCCAAAACUGACAUGUGUCAAUAUUCAGCCUUUAGAAUUAACCUUUCACCAACCCAAUUACAUCCACAUGGAUUAUUGGUAUUAUUCUCACGAAAAUCCAUCUUCAAGUAAUACAAAUUUCGACGCUAACCAAAAUCCCAAAACAAAACCAAAACUUAAUAAUUCUUGCAAUAAUCCCGAAAGUAAUUUCAACAAAAAAUUUGAAAGACAAUUCGACAAAUUAGAAGAACGAUUAGACAACGUUAUCCACCACAAAACAAAUAUUCGGAACAAAGACUUGAAUAGCAAAAUCCCUAAAAAUCCAGAAAUUAUUCACGAUAAAGCUUGUCCCGAUUCGUUAGAAAAUAUUAAUAUGGGGAUGAUGGAGCGGAAGGAACGUUUACACAAGCGGAGCAUUAAAGCUGGUUCCCGCUUUCAGUACAUGAGGGUUAGUCGGGAAUCGGCCCCGACAUCUAACAACUUGCUAACCUUACGUUGCGGUAUCAAAGAAAAGAAACAAACAUUCAAAAAUUUGGGCAAGAAAAGCAAGAUAAAUGAAAACUCGGAUAUACUAUCCCAAAACAACGUGCAAAGAUUAGUAGUUUGCUCCACCAAGAGUUUGACCCAUCCUUUGAAAGUAAUCGUUGACGGGGUUGAAUGGAACGGGGUGAAGUUUUUUCAGGUCUCUUCACAGUGGCAAACUCACAUCAAGUAUUUUCCCCUUUUGCUCUCACCUGCUCAACCUAUACCUUCCAACACCUAAGGGAAAUUCAAAGAAACCUAAUAAAUUACCAUAUUUUAUUUUUUAUAAAACACCAUAAAAUGUAAAUUUUUAAAAAGCGA